AUCCGCUUUUACAAGAUAUAUGCAUGGCCAGGAAGCUUGUAUUUUCAUUUUUUUCAUGAUGACUUCGACAUACUUUACUUCCGCGUAUGAUUCAGCGUUCUUGUAAAUGCAGAACAUCGUCUGACGGCCUAUUUUGGUUGAUACAUGUCCUGAAAGUUGAAAUACUACACGGCCAUGAAAUUCAAAGGAUUCUGGUUCUCGAUGCUGGUAUAUAACUUCGCUUUUCUCUUACAAGGUACUGCUGGAUUUUUCUUGAAACAUGUUGAAACAGGAAAGUGUAUUUAUGAUACAAAGAUAGUACAGUCAAGAUAUCCACCACCAACUGGGGGAGAAAGAACACUUCACUUCUUGGAGCUUUCCGACAACUGUCUUCAUCCAGCAUCUCAGUUCAAAUUUCUAGAUAAUGGUGCCGUAUUGAAAUUGAACGUACCAGGUUGUCUUCAAGGAGUUUAUAAAUAUGGAACGGGUUAUCAACUCCAUAUGUUGUAUAUCCACACUGAUACACACAACAUUAAUGACGCUGCUUGUGUCAACAACAAUGCUGUAACCCAAACCUCUUGGGGAGGUCUAGCAACGCGGUACGACCGCGCUGGAUAUCAAUUUCGAUGUUUAAGACCUCGUACUUCUAAAGAACUAAAAGACAUUCAAGGAGUUGAUCCUUAUUUGAAAAUGGCUAGUUGUAAAUUUACACCUAAAAAGCAAUUUCAUUUCGGUUCCGUGACUUGCGCUCGACAAAAAAUAAUGUACGCCAGCUGUCGUAAAGGACAAUAUAUGGUAGUAAAGACUGCAGAAUAUCGUGGAUUGAACCAAGGAAAUGUUUGUGGUUCAAGUUACUAUUACAACUGUAGUGUUGAUGUCACAUGUCGUCUAAAAAGACUUUGUGAUGGCAAACGAGAAUGUAAUGUAACUGUCGAUGAUAAUUUUUUCCCUUCAAAAAGUUGUCCUGGUUUGGACAAGUAUCUUUACUUUGAAUAUCAAUGUAACUCUACCAUGACGUCAUUCAAUGAAAUUUGCAUUGACGAUAUCCAGUUAUCACAGUCGACAUUACCCAGCGAAGGUUUUGUAAAACUUUUUACGAAAGAUGACGGGGAUUUCGCUGUCUGUAAAAGUUCCUUGGGAAAUGUCAAAGAUAACGUUUCUCAUUUUCUUGGCUACCCUAAAGCUGAUCAAAUAAGGGGGCAGACUUCCGGUAGUUCAAUGUCCAAAACUGGAGAAGUAAACUGCAGAGCUACUGUGGCACCUUCAUUUCUAUGUACGGUUACACCAAGUAGUGGCUGUUCCGAGUAUUCAAUUUUAAAAUGUCAUGUUUGUGAUGAUCCGCUCUUACAAAACACACAGAAGUUCCCGGACUCUUUGUUUGCUGCCUCGACCCAGGACCAUAGCGCAAAAGCUGCAAGAAUAUCCAGUGGCAGUUCGUGGUGUGCUCCUGCUGCUGAUGGCAAUCAUUAUCUUCAACUGAAUUUCCCAAGUCUUUAUACAGUUAACGCUAUCGCAAUCUUUGGAGACAGUUCAAGUUCAAGCUUUAUGACUGAAUAUCAUAUGCUUACAAACAUUGACGGUGUUAACUGGAACUCUGAAAAAUACCAAAAGAUUAUACAACAAAAUUGGAAUGGUUACAAUGAUGUAGCUAUAGAGAAAUUUUCUCGUGGCAUUAAAGCCAAAAGUUUACGAAUAGUUCCGACGAAGUCUAUUGGUAAACUGUGUUUACGAAUUGAAGUUUGUGGGGGAGACAUGCUACCACACAAACCAACACAUCUUACUGCGAAUGAAGUUGCAUCGAGAUACCUCAAGAUAUCCUGGAAAGAUCCCAAAAACACUGGUGUGAAACUUGGCACAAAUCUUUUCAAUCCUCUGACCAAAGUUCGAUUAAUAGUUCUUAAGGAUACUGUCGUUAUUUUUAAUAAAAUUUGGGAGGAAACUCUAAUUAAACCUUACAAAUUAGAUAAUCUUAUUCCUUACACAACGUAUUUGAUAAAUGUAACCGCUGGCAACUCUGAAGGUUUUGGUGGAUCAAUUAAAGCUAGUUUUACCACUGCUGAAGAUGUUCCCGAAGGUCCACCUUUAAAUGUUAACAUUUUCGCCAUCAACAGUUCAUCGUUAUCAGUCACGUGGAAGCCACCUGAUGUAAUCAAAAGAAACGGAAAGAUAGUCAGUUACACUGUUUGUAUUACGCAAUUGGAGAAUGAAACGUGUUCAACGAACUAUACCACCAAGGAACAGCAUUUUGAAAUGAUUAAUAAUGUGAAGCCAGAGACAAAAUAUUAUGUUCGCGUUUUAGCGUCUACGAUAGUGGGAUCUGGAAUUUACAGCAAUAGUACAUGGGCAUUUUCAAAUGGAUUGGCACCUGAACUGCCCACGACGCAGAUUGGAAAUACAUUGACUUAUUUGUUGCAAAAUCCAACUUUGGAAUAUCGAUAUUUCUUCGUAGUAGUGAUGGAAUAUGGCGAAGAAGAGAAUCGUUUGACUUCUAACUUCAAAAACACAGACUUAGGGACUUAUUCUGAGGCCAUUGCUGCCACGCAACCAACGCCGUAUAUUGCCGCCGUAAUGUCUCGCGGAAAUUUUAAGUCUGAGUUCACACUUGGUGAUAGCGGAAACACAAGUCUUGCAGGGACAAGAAGACGGCGUUCUAAUGGUAAAAUUUAUUAUAAUGGGCCGCUGAAAUAUUCUAUGGGCCACAGAAUAUUUCAACGCGUUUUCUUAAACGAUCAGGAGGACUAUUAUUCCACUGACUGGAGUCCAGUGGUAGCAACUGCCCAAAAGCGGAAGUCAUCAGGCGGCGGAAAUCCUGGAGCUAUUGCAGGUGCAAUUGUGGCUACUAUUUUGGUCAUUGUUCUUGUCGUAUUGGUCAUUCUGUUUGUGAGAAGACGGCGUAAUGGAAGAAAACGUUCUGGGUCCGUUAAAAAAUCAAAUGUAGAAAAGGUUAGAAAUCACGGACCAUCUGUAAUGAAUCAAGUAUUUGUUGGAAGCCAUAACAUUGGAAAUAUCAACACCCCUGAUAACAUCAAUAGCCCGAUGAACAGACAGGAUGAAUCAGUUCUUGUCCUGAAUGAAGUGAAAGUUUACGAGAACAAUGCUGCUAUUACCGCCAAGGAUCGUCAACCAAUUCCCAUAGCAAUGUUCGAGAGACACGUGAGGAAACUGAAGCAUAACAACAUAAAGGAACUAAAGUUAGAGUUCGAGGAUUUACCAAAUGGUCAAAUGUCCAAUUGGGAUGUCGCGAAGAAACCUCACAAUACUUCAAAAAACCGAUAUGGAAACGCUGUCACAUACGACCAUUCUCGUGUGAUACUCUCCGGAGAUGAAAAAACUGACUAUAUUAAUGCCUCAUUUGUCGACGGCAAAACUGACAAUUAUUACAUCGCGACCCAAGGACCCAAACCCAAAACAGUCAACGACUUUUGGAGGAUGAUAUUCGAACACAAGUGUCCAACUAUUGUGAUGUUGACGACAUUAAAAGAAAUGGGAAAGGUGAAAUGUGAAAAGUAUUGGCCAGAUGAAUCCAAGAUAUACGGUACGAUCCAGGUGACCAUCACCAAGACUAAAGCUUUUGCUGAUUACGUCUUGAGAUCUGCAGUAGUGAGUAAGGAUGGUGAGCAUCACAAAGUUCAGCAGUUUCAUUACAUUUCAUGGCCGGACUAUGGCGUGCCUCGUCAUCCAACACAACUAUUGACAUUCAGGAAGCAUUUCAAAUCUUAUCACAAGACAAAAGCCGGUUUUGCCGUCAUCCAUUGUAGGAUCAGUACAUGUUUAUUUAUGACGCUAUUAUGGAGCAUAUCCAUUGUGGAGUGAAUGAAAUUGAGGCUAUGCAAAUCAAGGCCGAGAUGGAACAUCUAUCAAAAAAGCUUGGGAAUGGAAGAACUGGAUUUGAAGAAAUAUUUGAGCGUUUACAAUCAGUUACAACAGAACUACCUGAAGAAGUAUGUGAAGCUGCACUUUUGAAUGACAACAAGAAAAAAAUCGCAAUCCUGAAAUAUAUCCAAGAAUGUUAAUAUUUACAUAAAACGUCUGACGGAGACAAAGUUAAACUUUCACUUGUACUCCGUGUUGUAUCUUCGUUGUUUUUUAUCUUGUCGCUUAAAAUGUAUACGUCCACUUAAGGAACGGCGGUGGAUUCAUAAAAUUGAUGAAGAGGUGAAUCUAAUCGUCCACCCCUUAGCCACCUGGAUAAAAUCGAGAAUUCCGACUACAUUAACGCGUGUUUUG